UGAAGUUCGCUGGUCGGAAGCCCAAUAUGGGUCGAUGUGUGCGCAAAAAAGUGGUGGAAAAUGGGCGCAGGUUUUCGCGGUGAAGUCGUAUCAGCGGCCAGGGCGGUGACGACGGAUGUGUUUCGUCCCCCCAGGCCAGCCAGUGUCCUGUUACCGGUAUCCCUGGGGUCGCUGGCGAAAACCGGCAGUGGUGAUGCCAGAAAAGCAAAGCUUGCGGUUGGGCAAAGAAAGCAAACGGCGGAGGAGAUGUUUGGAACGGCGAUCACCUCAGCCAGGCUGCAGGGUCGCUCGAAUAUGGGGGAUAUCGCGAGAGUUUGGGGCGAGUUUGUUCGGCUGCACGCACGUCGUGAUCCGAGGCCGGGAUUGAAUCAAGGCGAGGAAACGGGCAGGCCACACCAGACGAGACGACGUCUGCAACAGAACGACUCAGCGCAAACACGUCCCAGACACGAAAGGACAGAGGGAAGUUCCGAGAGACGGCUCGCGGUCAGAGGAAGCGCCGGGCGUGGUGUCUCGAAGUGUGGAAGUGUGGAGGACGGGGCCCUGGAGACUGUGGGCUUGUUGCUAAGGGGGACCCUAGGCCCAUCCUGGACCUCAUCCUGGCCGUAUCCUGGCGCGCUGGCGCUCUUGUUAAGUUGGGUUGGUCUCUGCGCGAAGCUGCACACCCCUGUACCCCUGGCCGGCGACUGCAACGAGACGGCGGGCGAGCAGACGGGUCUGCGGUGGGCGCGGUGUGGAAGAGCCCAUCGUGGGCUCUUAGUCCGCUUUGCUUCAGAUGGAGCCUGCAAAUGCAACUGGGAUGCAUUGUUGCAUCCAAGCGAGAGUUUACCAGCCAUGGAGGACGGAGUACGGAGUACGGGCUCCUCCGUCCAAGACCCCAGUGAUCGGUCACCACCUUGGGUUUGGACGGAUGGGAUGGAUGCCACCUCGACUGCACAACAACCGCAUCAACAGUCCAAGGAGCCAUCGGCCGACCCGAUCAGAGAGAGCCACACUCUCCACACACACUUGACCGCCCUACGCCUCCAUCAAGUGCUACCAGUGGUCGGGACGUCAUUGCCAUCAUCUCUAGUUCAUCAAAGCGGCAUCGUGACCAGAGCCAGUGACAGCGCCGCAGAGUUCACGACUGAGGCUUCCUCCGGCUAGGACCGCUUCAGUCAUACGACGCCCCAGAGCACUGUCCAAC